UUCAUAUCAAGUGUUGUAUUUGCAGUUACAACAUGAGGAUUUUGCAGCUUCAUUUCUAUCUACUCAUAUGGUGUCAAGCAGCAGAGACUUUAACAGAUCAUCUAACAGAUUUGGGGCAAAAUGUGACUAUAACCUGUAAUCUUGACCAAAUUGAGGUGUACUGGUUUUUACUGAAACUACUUGGUUCUCCAGUUGUGAUAUUACGCUCCUUCUCGAACAAUUUUCCUCAUUACUACAACAAAGUAUUUGAGCUCAAAUAUGCAGUGAACCCUAAACAUAAUCUGCUCAUAAAUAAUGUCACCAUUGAUGAUUUAGGAGUUUAUUGCUGUAUGAGUACAAAUACUGAUCCACAAUUCAUCAGCGCCACCAGACUGUACAUCAUUCAACCAACUCCACUAACUGAGUGUCAGAAUUAUACAGAGGUGCAGUAUAUUCAGCAGAAUCAGACAUCUUGGCAGACUCUUACCCUCAUAUUUGGUCUGAUAAAUGCUGUUUUGGUCGUUGUUGUCAUAGGACUGUUGAAGGUUUGUGCUUGUAGAAAUAAAAGGCCUGGAGAUCUUUCACAACAACUUCAUAACACUGAUCUACAGCUGACACAAGUUAUUCAACAGCAUCUCGAUCCAAACCAAUUACAGCAUGCUGAGGAGGACUCUUCCAUGUUGUGUACAACUAUUCAUCUUGGUCCAGUCAACAGCACUUAUGUUGCUUUACAGCUGCCAAAAUCAUAA